AUGAAAAAUGCAAAGCCUAUUGAUACCCCUAUAGGAAGCUACAUUGCUAAAUACGAUUUAACCCUAGGGCUAUGUGCUAGGUUCCAAUCAAGUCCUAAAGAGUCUUAUUUGAAAGCUGCUAAAAGAAUAUUGAGGUAUCUUAAAGGUUCACAGGACCUGGUCCUCUUUUAUCCCUCUGGAGACAAUUUUGACUUGGUUGGUUAUGCCGAUGUUGAUUAUGCUGGCUACUUGGUGGACAAAAAAAGUACAUCUGGUAUGGCACAUUUUCUGGGGUCAUGCUUGAUCUCAUGGGGUACAAGGAUGCAGAACUCUGUGGCUCUCUCUACUACUGAGGUUGAGUAUGUGGCUGUUGCUUCUUGUUGUGCUCAAUUGUUGUGGAUCAAACAACAACUUGAGGAUUUUGGUGUCUUCACUGUUUGUGUGCCUCUAAUGUAUGACAAUUCCAGUGCACUUAAUAUGGCAAAAAAUCUAGUGCAUCACAAAAGAACCAAGCACAUUGAUGUGAGACAUUAUUUCCUAAGGGAUAAUGGGAGAAGGGUAUACUUACAUUGGCACUCUCAGGACAACACAAGCACUGAAGCCAUUGCAUAUUUCAGAGCUAUUGCCUAA